AUGUCAUUUGGUCAAAGUCAUAUAUCGACUCAAACAUGGGAGAGUAGAUGGGUGCCUCAGGCUGCGCAAACUCUGGUUGUUGAGAUGAACUCCUACUCCCACUCGGUAGACAUUCUGUAUUGCAGCGCCGACUCCACAAGUCUCAGUUUGUUCUGUGGCCAACAAGUCCACUCAACAAAUGUCCUCUCUCUCAAGCACGUUCGUUCCCAGAUCUGUGACUGCUACAAAGCCAAACUGGCUUCUUUUCUCUACUCCGAUGAUAAUCUUAUGCUCUGCCACAACUGUCAUCAGAAUUCAUGUAACGCCAGUAACUGUUGUGGUUUAUCUACGCACCCGUAUUCUCCGGUUGAAGGCUUCCCAGGUCGUCAUUCCGUGAUUCAACUUGUUUCGCUCUUCGGUUUUGACUUGAAACUGAAAGAUUUGAUGGAUUUAAUUCAUGGGUUUUCUUUGUACGAGAGAGAACUGACGAAUAUUAAAGAUUUCAUGCCCCCUGAAGAGAAUUCUUGCGUUUCAUCUGCUUUGCUUAGCUCUGUUAAGCUCGACCAUGAGGUGUAUAGGCAACUCGUCAAGAUGGGGAAACGGGAUUUGGUGAGAGUAAGCGAUGAUGGAGAUGAAGAAUACAAGUGGUGA